AUGGCCGGCUUCCAAAGUAGGGUUCGAGACUCUAGCGUUGCAAGAGUGACUACUGCUCUUCUUACGGCAUUCGUCAUUACUAGCACUACCUUUGUACCAUUCGUUAUCGAGAGCACAGUUGCAAGUCCGAUUGCAACUGCAGAUCCAAGAGCUUACGCAAAACCAGAAGCACAACCUGUACCAAACGCCCAAGCAGGACCUCCACUGCUAGAUGGCCUCUAUCCAGAUCCGGAACCAUGUCGUGGAAACUGUAGCUGGAUCCAUGAUCCCAGUAUAUGGUAUGAAGACGGGACUUAUUGGCGCUUCUCAACUAGUGGCAAUAUUGCCAUUGCUACGGCGCCCUCGCUUGGUGGGCCAUGGCGCUAUCGAGGUGCCUUGUUACACCAUGGAACUAGUAUAUUUGUCAGUAACGAACAAGACAUCUGGGCGCCAUCAGUCACGAAGCGAGGCGACACAUACUACUGUCACUACUCGGUCUCGCAAAUGGGUUUCCAAAACUCAUCCAUUGGUGUGGCUACCUCAUUCUCGCUCGAACCAGGCAGCUGGCAAGACCAUGGCAGCAUCGGCUUACCUCUCUCGGACAGAUACAACCUCAUUGACCCGUUUGUGUACCAGGAAACACCAGAUAGCCCCAUCUACUUCAGCUUUGGGUCCUUCUGGCAUGACAUAUUCCAGGUAGAACUCUUCCCGUACGACGACAUGAAAGCAUUUGGAGGCUGGGCUGAGCAAAACAACCGCAUCACCAACAUUAUCCGAAACGAUACGGUGGGCGCGCUGGUAGCCGAAGGCGCCGUCAUGCACAAGGAGAAGGGGUUUUACUACAUGUUCUACAGCGUUGGCCAUUGUUGCCGUACGCCCGAGUCGGGCCUUGUCCCCGACGACCAGGUUUACCAUAUUGUUGUAUGCCGAUCGAACACACCAAAAGGUCCUUUUUACGACCGCCAAGGCAAGAGCUGUCUCGAGGAAAAUGGCGGUACGACCAUUCUGGCUAGCCAUGGCGAUAUCUAUGCUCCGGGUGGGCAGGGCGUGAUGGUGCAACCUGAGGAUGGCAGGACGGUCAUGUAUUACCACUAUGUCCGCCCGAGCGUCGGCUACGAAGCUGAUCAGUUUUUCUUCGGGUACAACUACCUCGACUGGGAGGAUGGCUGGCCUGUUGUAGUUGCAGCCUAG